GGCGGGGCAGUGUCUCCCUCACGUGAUCCUAACGGCGCCGAGUGCGUCGCACUGCGCCCCCGCCCCGGGGUCGAUCACGGUCUGCGCCUGCGCGGGCCCCGGUUCGCACGCAGUCCUCCGGGACGCCGGCGGCGAUGGGAAAUCCAUUUAUCAAAAUUGACUCCAGAAGAGAGAACAUAAUAGAACAAAAACAAUGGAAGAAAUUGGGAACAUUAUCAAAAAGCUAUCAUCCUGCCAAACUCCAGGCUCAGAUGGUAUUACAGGUUAAAAAAGGUCCUUCAUGAAAAAGAAAGAUCUUAAGCAACAUGAUGGAUUCAGAAGCUCAUGAAAAGAGACCACCAAUUCUAACAUCUUCAAAACAAGAUAUGUCACCUCAUAUUACAAACGUUGGUGAAAUGAAGCAUUACUUGUGUGGCUGCUGUGCAGCCUUCAACAACGUCGCAAUCACAUUUCCCAUUCAGAAGGUCCUCUUUCGACAGCAGCUGUAUGGCAUCAAAACCCGGGAUGCAAUACUUCAGUUGAGAAGGGAUGGGUUUCGAAACUUGUAUCGUGGAAUCCUUCCCCCAUUGAUGCAGAAGACAACUACGCUCGCACUUAUGUUUGGUCUGUAUGAGGAUUUAUCCUGCCUUCUCCACAAGCAUGUCAGUGCUCCAGAGUUUGCAACUCGCAGCGUGGCAGCAGUGCUUGCAGGGACAACAGAAGCAAUUUUCACUCCACUGGAAAGAGUUCAGACAUUGCUUCAAGACCACAAGCAUCAUGACAAAUUUACCAACACUUACCAGGCAUUCAAGGCACUGAAGUGUCAUGGAAUUGGAGAGUAUUAUCGAGGCUUGGUGCCCAUUCUUUUCCGUAAUGGACUCAGCAAUGUCUUUUUUUUCGGCCUCCGAGGUCCCAUUAAGGAACAUCUGCCUACCGCAACGACUCACAGUGCUCAUUUGGUCAAUGAUUUUAUCUGUGGAGGUCUGUUGGGUGCCAUGUUGGGAUUCUUGUUUUUUCCAAUUAAUGUUGUAAAAACUCGCAUACAGUCUCAGAUUGGUGGGGAAUUUCAGUCUUUCCCCAAAGUUUUCCAAAAAAUCUGGCUGGAACGAGACAGAAAACUGAUAAAUCUUUUCAGAGGUGCCCAUCUGAAUUAUCAUCGGUCCCUUAUCUCUUGGGGCAUAAUCAAUGCAACUUAUGAGUUCUUGUUAAAGGUUAUAUGAAAACACCACCAGUUAAGUGCCAUUUUUCAACUGAACAGAACUUCUAAGAAGAAUGUAGUUUGGCCUCUUUCUUAAUUGGCCAAAUACAAGUUGGUGUCAUAACUCCAGGCCACAGUGAAUUAUGGGCAAAGCUGUUUUCCUUAAGCAUCAACAAAACAGAAUGAAAGGUUCCAAUAGGAAAAUAUGGGGAGUUUUGUUUGUUGGUUUUGUUUUUUAUCAUUACCUAAGAGCUUUAGGCUAAUUGCCUGGUAAAUAGCUGUCCAUCUGAUGGCCUUUGACAGGGAACCUAAUCCCCAAGAUAGGAUUCUGUUCUUCAAAUCAGUCUUGAAAUCUUCUGCAUUGAAACAUAAGUGUUUGUAACCGGCCAGAGAGAAGGUCCUCAGGGGCCAGGGGCUUUUCAGGCUUACUUUUUUACUCCAUUACUUGCUUCUCUGCCCUCAGGAGCAGCUGUAGAGGGUAGUCUUCAUUAAGCUCAAGCAUAUAACAAAGGAGCAGAACAGAGCAGAAAAGCAGCUUAUUAGGUAUAUAGGCUUUUCAUGGUAAAUUGCUUGUAUUCAUUUUGAAACUAAGCAUCUAUUGGAUAGUCAUUAUACUAUUUCUAUUUAGAUAGGGUAGAUCAAGGAACUAUGAAAGUUUGCAUUUUGCUUUCCAGUUUAAAAGUUUUCUGUUUGAUUUUGACUGUGACCUUCAACCCUUCCAAAAUAUCCUUAUGUUAAUUUCACUUAUUUCAUUGCCAAAAGAUGAAGGGACUUAAAUUUUGUUAUAAGUGUUCCAUCCUGUUAAGUUUUCAUAUUAAUUGUGUAUAGAUAAAAUUCCGUUUAGCUUUGUUUCUUUAAAUUAUUGGUGCCAUCUCAGCAAAGGUCUGUGGUUAUUUUUCCCCUUGAGUAGGAGCUGGUCAUAUUCAAGCGUCCUGUUCUCUUAAAACUCUCCUUUUAAAAAAUAAACGCUUCCAUAACAUUUUGUUUUGGAUGUCUGUCAAUGCAAUCCCACUUUUCCCCCCUAGUUUCUAAAUGUUACAGAGUGGGGAAAAGGCUCAGGAUCAUUUUCAUCCCACAGUGUUGGCUGUCUUUUAUUUUAUUCUUGGAAAUAGAGACUUUAUCAGGGUUUUGAGGUUUUGGGAACCCAGUUUUACCAUUGUGUCAGUAAAAGAUAGUUUGAGAGCAUAUGAUCUAAAUAAACAGGUUUGAAGGGUUAAUUUGAAUUUUAAAAGUAGGUAAUAGCCAAAUAACAUUCUUAUCCCUUAACAGAGGAAAACUUCUUUGACAAAGGAAUUGGAAAAUGUGAAAAUAUUUUCCAGAUAAAGCAAAAUGAUUCAUAUGCCACUUAAAACUGACUAAUGAAAUAUAAAAGACAGACUGAAAAAGUGGAUUAUGAAUUCUAAAACCCUUUCUGUAAAUAUGUAGUUAAAGAUUGAUUUUCAGCAUCUGACAUGAUGGUAGGUUUCAUGUUAACCAGUUUUUCUUCUUUCUGGGUGAUUGCAUGUGAGUAUGUGCACCUACUGACCAAAAUAAAAUCAGGGCCUCAACUUGGUAGUUUACUGAAAGUUUCUGGGCAAAUAGUUCAUAAAAGCUGUUUACCUCUAAAUGCAGUGUGGCUGGUGAAAAGCAGUGAACAUCCUUCUUCCAGCUGUAAAGGAUGAAGCAUGUUAAGUGUUAGCCAGGCAGCAAUGAAGCUAAGUAGCCAUACGGCACCUCUGUCUGACAGUGUUGUGCUGGAUGUUGCAGUUUACUUUAAGGUGCAGAUGUAAGCAUUUAAAAAUAACAAUAAUUUGGCACCAAAUAAAUAUGAGUAACGUCCUUUGGCCUAUUAGAGUCAGGAUUUCAAGGGAGUUGAGUUUGAAAAAUGAAUGAAUAAAGGUGCUUUGGUGCCUGACUCCCUUAUUCCUGUAUGUGACUCUUUGCACCACAGGUGUGUCCAGCAACUCAGCACAGGGCAGGUCGGUUAGCCUGGGGUUCUAACUUGGCCCUGGGAAUAGACACCGUUGGGCCUUUGGUUUUGUUGGGCUUCCUUGUGUCUUUACACUCCAUACAGAUGGUAGAAAUCUAAGUUCUAAAGCACUUUUGUGAAAUACAAGCUAAGUGAGAAAUCUAAGGAAAAUGCUUUGGUUAGUGCUGUCUCAAAUAAGUGGCAUUUAAAAACAAUUACUAAUAAAUAUUUUUAAUGGUUUUAACUCGGUAUUUUUUUUUAAUUUCUUUGUCACUCUUUGCAGCUUUUGAAGACCAAACUGCAAAUACAUUACUAGGGAUGGUUUUGUGUUGUCCUAUAGAUUUCUUAAAUUUGACAAAAAAAUUCAACACCUUGUAACCGACAGCUUUGUCUGAAUUUGAAGUCAAAAUGUGUUGUUAAUAAGAGAUUCUAACUAUUGUUUUUACCUUCAGUGUGAACUAACGUAGUAAUUUUGAAAAGGCAGGCCAGGUGCGGUGGCUCAUGCCUGUAAUCCCAGCACUUUGGGAAGCUGAGGUGGGCGGAUCACUUGAGGUCAGGAGUUGGAGACCAACCUGGCCAAAAUGGCAAAACCCUGUACUAAAAAUACAAAAAAUUAGCCAGGCACAGUGGCACACGCCUGUGAUCCCAGCUACUCGGGAGGUUGAGGCAGGAGAAUUGCUUGAACCCAGGAGGUGGAGGUUGCAGUGAGCUGAGAUCAUGCCACUCCACUCCAGCCUGAGCUAUAGAUUGAGACUCCGUCUCAAAAAAAAUGUGAAAAGGCAAACAUGAUUGAAUAUCUGAAAAGCUUUAAAAGUGGCCUUUCUGUUACAUAUGUGGCACAAAUGGCUCAUGAGCGCAGGACCCUUAUGGUCUUGUGUCAUAUACUUCAUGUUUGAUGCCACCAGAAAUGUUUUGAAUUCUGUAUUUAACACACUUAGAGUGGUAUGAGCCCUCAGGACUGCACCACAGAGUAAACACAACCUUUAUAUGGUGGCGAAUAUGUGUGUCUUUCUUGUUUCAUUUGUGGUUGGGGACAAAAUCCAUGUUUUUGUCUAAAUAAUCGAUACUCAACAAGAUUGGCUGUAUAAUCACCGGCUAUAUUGUGAACUGUGCAAUAAAACAGAAUCGUGUGUGUAUAUAAUUACCUUCGGAUACCUGAAAUUCCUGAGCUCAGUUACAAUAUAAUACUCAAUAUAAGGCUGUGCAAACAACAUAUAAGGGAAUAAUGGUGGUUGACGGGAUCUAGAGGGCUUUGAGUGAAGCCAGUCAGGUUGAAGUAACACUGGUUUAGGGUAGAUGAAGUCGAGUGAGGGGUAUGCAAUCAUGAAAUGAAGGGUGGACAGGAGAUGACAAUUGAAGGAAGGGUAACUUCGUUUCUUUUAAAUUAAAAUAUUUCUUAUGUGCAAAUGCAUAUCAAAGACUUGAACCGGCAUUCUCUUGAAAUCGGGGAAUUUUUAGUUUUUAAUGCUGUCUUUGUUUGUGUAUUGCCUAAUGGCUCCCAAAUGGUGUGGGAGUCUCUAAAUGUUCCUCUGAAACAUUCAUUAUUAAAUGUUGUUAAGCGCACAAUGCUA